UUUCUCACUGGUCGACUCCACUAUGACCUGGAUGUGACUGACGAGCGGCGGCAUCGUUAUUCAAGCCACAACAGUUUUCACUCACGUUUCUCUUUGUUUCUUUAAUCUCUCAUCUUCCUCGUUUUCCUCGAUUCAGACCAGUCGGCUAAACUGGUUCUGACCGGUUAACGCUGGUGUCGUGAUCUCGGUCCGCGUGUUGUUGUUGUUGUUACACGGAGGUUCAGCGGGUUUCCAGGUGAAACCCUCCCCGACUUCAAGAUGCUUUCCUCGGGCAGGGCCGUCUCCUCCCGGCUGCUCAGGCCGGCCACCUGGCUCCCUCUCCGGCUGGGCUCGGAGGGGAGAGCCGCCAGCACGCUGCACAAAGAGUUGAUAAAGAAGCACGAGUUGGAGAUCGAUGAGCUCCGCCCCCUCUACAUGGACUUCCAGGCCACCACGCCCAUGGACCCCAGGGUGUUGGACGCCAUGUUGCCCUACCAGGUGAAUUACUAUGGUAACCCACAUUCCAGGACACAUGCCUACGGCUGGGAGAGUGAGAGCGCCAUGGAGACCGCCAGGAAGCAGGUGGCUGAUCUGAUUGGAGCUGAUCCCAGAGAGAUCAUCUUCACCAGCGGCGCCACAGAGUCCAACAACAUGGCCAUCAAGGGUGUGGCCAGGUUCUACCAGGCCAAGAAGCGCCACGUGAUCACCACACAGACGGAGCAUAAAUGCGUUCUGGACUCGUGUCGAGUUCUGGAGUCCGAAGGAUUCAGCGUCACGUACCUGCCGGUCCAGACGAAUGGUCUGGUGGACCUGGAGCUGCUGGAGGCCUCCAUUCGUCCUGACACCUCUCUGGUGUCCGUGAUGACUGUCAACAAUGAGAUUGGAGUCACGCAGCCCAUCAAGGAAAUCGGACACAUCUGUCGCUCUAAAGGAGUUUUCCUCCACACCGAUGCCGCUCAGGCUGUCGGAAAGAUUCCCCUCAACGUCUCCACCUGGAAGAUCGACCUGAUGUCCAUCAGCGGUCACAAGAUCUACGGACCCAAAGGUGUGGGGGCUUUGUAUGUGCGUCGCCGACCCAGGGUGCGUAUGGAGCCACUGCAGAGCGGGGGCGGGCAGGAGAGGGGGCUGCGCUCCGGCACUGUCCCCACCCCGCUGGCUGUUGGGCUGGGAGCCGCCUGCAGCAUCGCCCAGCAGGAGAUGGAGUAUGAUCAUCACAGAGUGACCAUGUUGGCUAAUCGCUUGGUCCAAAAGAUCAUGGCCGAGUUACCUGACGUCUUAAUGAACGGACAUGCAGAGCAACGCUACCCUGGCUGUGUCAACCUGUCCUUUGCCUAUGUGGAGGGAGAGAGUCUGUUGAUGGCACUGAAGGAUGUCGCUCUGUCAUCUGGCAGUGCAUGUACGUCAGCGUCUCUCGAGCCCUCGUACGUCCUCAGAGCGAUUGGAGCAGAUGAAGACCUGGCUCACUCUUCCAUCAGGUUCGGUAUCGGCAGGUUCACCACAGAAGACGAGGUGGACUACACGGCAGAGAAAUGCAUCCAACAGGUCCGCAGACUCCGAGAGAUGAGUCCUCUGUGGGAGAUGGUUCAGGAAGGCAUCGACCUGAAGAGCAUCAAGUGGACGCAGCACUAGACUCCUCACCACUACUAGUCCACUUCCCUAGCUGCUGACGACGACAAAGACAAUGAGGACAAUGUUUCCCAGGGAAUUCUGGGAACAGACCAGUUUUUUCUUCCUGUACACAAACACGCACAAACCUCCUGUCUGACUUGAAGUCUGUUCGUAGCUGAAGUCUCUGUAGAUGCUCCUGUCAGAUGUUGCUCAGAGAAUUGAGUGGCGGCCUCUGCUCAUUAUAAUCAGUCUGUCGUACAUAUGCCGACCUCUGUUGCAUCUGUGUUUUGACACCUGGGUCCUGGACAAACAAUGUCAUACACCUCAUGUCUGACUGGUUUCGCUGCUAAUGCAGAGGGAAGAACUACAUAAAGUACAUAAAGUAACUACAAACAUAAAGAAAAAUGUUCACAUCAUUUUUUGAGCCACAACAAUGUUCACAAUCUAUAUGCAGUCGUAAACACCACUCAUUAAUUUGUGAGUGUGGUAGACACCCUUUGUUCCAAGAUGUGGAUUAAACACAGGUUUUCCUUCUCUCUCAGACAUAAUUAUGGGAACAAAAGUGAUCCUACUAAUCUAUAAAGAUGUUACACUCGGUGUGCCUGUACCUGUCAGGAAAACCUAUAUUAAUCCCAAAGAAAGUUGGUGAAAUGGCUAAUCGUAUUAAGCCACAAUGACCCUGGUGACAAGAAACAGAUAUGGGACAAAGGGCUGGGAACUGAAAUAAGAGUGGAAUUCACCCAGUCAUCUGAUGAUUUACAGAUAAAUAUCUCACUUUCCUCUCUGUCUUCACGUCAGGGCCUCAGUCUUGUAGUAUUUGCGUCCGUGUACAUUUAAACAGCAGCAGCAGAUUGUAAUUGUCAUCCGAUCGAACAGGGUUCGCAUUUCUUGUUCUGUGUUAGUCUGGGAUCCUCUACAAGACUGAAGCAGCGAUUUGACCACAGCAGCUAAUUUUUAAAGAUGGCGGAGAGCAGAAAGAGCCUCAGUGCAGUCUUUCACAUACGCAUCUGAGGGUCACACCUCACUCACACACGUGUCUGAGGUUGAUGGGAAUAUUAAGGUGAUUUCUUAACACAGGAUAACCCUGAAGGAGUCAUUUAUUAAAUGUCUGGGAGGAUUUCAGUCCUUGUAUUGUGUUCCUGGAUGUAUUCAGCCGAGCCUCUCGCAUAUUUACAGACUCCCAUUUACUGUUACUUAUAUAUAAUUUAUCCAAUAAAAUUCAUGGCUAUGCAAUCAAA